AAUUUGAGUGAAACUUAAUAUCAGACCGGAACCGGAAACAGGGUUCGUUUCCGGGUUCGACUUCGAAUGGAGCAGUGACUGGAGCAGAGCCGAAUACAAACAGGGAUGGAGGUGACGGCGAAGGAGCGGCGGCAGGUGGAGGAGCAGGUGGAGCAGCUGCUGAGCGGCCAGGGGUCAGAGGUCACUCUGUGUGACCUGGGUCUGGAGCUGAGCAAGCCGGCGACUCUGAGGAAGAACGUCACCUACAUCGUCUGCGGCGUCAUUUUCAACGAGCAGGAGGAGGUGCUGAUGGUGCAGGAGGCGAAGCCGGACUGCUACAAGCAGUGGUACCUCCCAGCGGGGCGGGUGGAGGUGGGGGAGAGCCUGGAGGAGGCGCUGCGGAGGGAGGUGAAGGAGGAGGCGGGCUUUGACUGCCAGCCAAUCACGUUGCUGCUGAUCCAGGAACAGGGACCGCAGUGGAUCCGCUUCAUCUUCCUGGCCCGCAUCACAGGAGGAAGCAUGAAGACGUUGACGGCGGCGGACCAGGAGUCUCUGCAGGCGUCCUGGUGGGACAGACAGUCCAGCCUGUCGCUCAGGGGGCGGGACAUCCUGCGCCUCAUCGACUACGGACUCAGGUACCACCGCAGCCCCUGGCACGGCGCCUCGCUGCCUCUGGACCUGAGCUGCCGCCACAUCGUCCAGCGGACGCUGCUGCUGUUCGUCGGCGCCGAGAAGCGGGUCUGGAUCCUGCUGGUCCAAGCCCCGACCCCCCACCUGCCCACGGCGGCGGCCCUGAAGACCCACGCCGUGACGUGGGCGGCCAACAUGGCGGUGCAGGAGGCGCUGCCGGCGUCGUACUACGACCACGACGUCGCCACUUCUGCUGAGUCAGCGUAA